AGGGCUGGGGAGGGCGCUCCAGGGAAGCUGACCUGGCGUCGAUUCCUACAGUUGCGGCCCGGGUCCCCACGCCUGGGAGAGGAGGCGACGCGGGGCCGGCGGCUUUGUGGCGCGCAGGUUCCAGCGCGGGGGAGGGGACAGAGGGUGAGCUGAGGGCCUCGAGUCCCAGCACUCCGCCCCGCUGCGGGCGCCGCGCAUGGCCAGCCCCUUGCCGUCGGGCUUCCCCGGGCGCACGAACAGCCGCCUGGAUGUGUUCCUGCGGCGGCAUCUGCCGCCGGAGGUCUACGACGCGGUCCGCGCCUAUGAGCCAUGCAUCGUGGUGUCCAACUCGGAGAACCACACCCUCAAAUACGUGGUGCUAAGCGACCGGCUCAUCUACCUAACCGAGAACCCGCCCAAGUCCAUCCGGCGGGUAGUGGCUCUGCGGGACGUCGUGGCCAUUGACCUGAUUGAUGAUUACCCAGAAUUUUUGAGCUCACCAGAUAGAGAAAUCAGCCAACACAUUCGUAUCAUCUAUUCUUCAACUGUUUUGAAAAAAGAGUGUAAAAAGUCAAACGGUGUCAGGAAAUUCCUAUUUCCAUUUCAUCAUACUAAAGCUAACAACGAGAAAGUCAAGGAAGAAAAGAAUGGCCUUGCCUUUUGGAGAAUCAAAGAGCCCAGAAGUCUGAAUGAAUCUCCUCUCAGGGACCAGCAGGAGAGCAGUACACCAUCCAAGGACUCAACUCUCUGUCCUCAUCCAGGCGUCAAAAAGCUGUCCCUUCAUGGCCAAGGUGCCUUUCGACCCUUACCUUCCCCCUCCAGGAGGAGCUCUCAGUCUGCACCAGCAACUGGCAAGGCUGUCAGCGAGCCAUCUUGCACAACAAACACAAAAGAACCCCAGGGACUUCCAGAUCACAACAGCUCCAUAAGUGAAAUUCCUUUCAAGUGCAGUGGGAACGGAAAUGAGUUUUACUUAGGAAAUUCCCUCCCAGAUUCCCCUUCGCAGAGCAACUCAAAUUUAGAGAAAAAGGAGUCAGAACUUCAUUUGUAUGUUAUUUCCACAACCUCAUCAAUAUUCCUGCACUUGAAAAGUUCAUGGAACAAUUAUAAUAUAAAAGCUACCCUUUUACAAGAUCCCUUCUAUGCUAGUGAGUUCAGUCCCGCUAUUGGAAGUCAAAAGCCAUAUAGAUCUGAGGAGAAAAUUAAGCACUUCAGUCAACUUAAAUCUGAACUUUUUCUUAAAGACAAUUCUUUGAGGAGGAUACUUCCUUUAAUUAUGGAACUUAAAGCAGCAGCCCAGAAAAACUUCAUUCUGAAAAGGCUUUUCUGGAAGACCAGUGACCUUUUCUAUUUCCUAGUAAACAAACUUCAUGAGUACUUGCCAGAGUCUAGGGAUAAGAAUGCACUUCAAAAUCAAAGCCAAAGGGUUGAUGAGCUGGUGGCAUGCAUUGAAAUUAUACAGACCCUAGUAUUGAUGUUCAGAGAAACAGAAACUGAGUCAUCACGCCUGAACACAUUGGCAGCUAAGAAGGGAACACUAUUUAAUCUCUUGGUAGUUUUAAUUAGUGAGCCUCAGAUUCCAAAAUCUUGUCCUGUGUUUGAUAUCCAGUUGGUGGCUGAUUCAGCUUUAGUCAGAAUGUCUUUUGAUGCUGAGUUACAGAAGCUUAUUCUGGAGUAUACAAAUACUGCUACAGCACUUUUAUAUGAGAUACUUCUUGUCUUUCAGCAGGGAAAUCUCGGAUUGGGAUCCACAAAGUUUGCUAUUAGCUGGAUGAUGUCCUUUCUACAAAGCUGUCCUCCCAUUAUUACUUUUGUGGCCAGUAUUGUGAAACAAGUGGUGAGGGGGCUUUCAGCUUCAUUUCAGCUGCUAAGUCCCUGCCAAGCAGUUCUGUUGUACCAGCAAUUUUACAUCCUCAAGAGCUGUCUGCGGCACAGUAGGACUCUAGCUGAGUAUAUUAAGAAUAACUACAGAGAAGAAUUCAGGUACUUUAUUCACAUGCCAGCCUUGCAGAAAAGGCUCCCAUUGUGUUACUCCAUUACUCAACCUAUAACUCAACUUUUUCAUGAAGUUCUGAAAUUGGUUGAAUAGAAACAAUGUAUACAAUGUUAAUAAGAGUAUAAAAUGUUAAUCAAGAGUCAACUUGAUAUUCAUGAGAAACAUUUUUUGAUCUGUUUAAUAUCUGGCUAUCUCUGAGUCCUAUAAACAAAGAUUUUAAUUGAAUGUUCCAUCAAUACCUCUCUAUGAGAAGUUUAAAAUUUUUAAAAAUAAAUUUGCUUUAUU